UUCUAGUGCGUGUCCUAGGGCCAAAAGGGGCCACUGUGGGGCCCAAACUGCCCAAUAAUCCAUAAUUAAUUGAUUUCAUGUUAAAUUAACGCUGAAACCCCAUAAAUUUGUACGCCAAUGGUGCGACAAUUGAUGGAAACAGACGCCAAACCUGUCAUAACACAUGCUGUACCUAACCUCACUUUUACAUGUUACGAAAAUAUUUAGCAUGUGUGUUUUAAGUUUAAAUUUGUUUUCCUAAUAAUGGCGCAGCAAUUCAGCGGGGACGGCAAAUAUUUCGCCCAAAUAACGUCCGAUGGGAAGCUGAAAGUAUGGAACACGUUAUCCAGCAGCCUGGAGCAAGAAUUCACCCCCGAUUUCCAUUUAACUACGCCAUGUACGUGUUUACACUUUUGGAACCCCCGGGAGGCCCUCAAUAAGGGCUCCCCUUCACCUAAAAAGAAAAAACGCAAAGAGGAGCCCACUUUGCCCAACAUAAUCUUGGGUACUACAUCAGGGAUUGUCUUAAUUUACUCUAUUGCUAAAGCAAAUGUAGAAUAUACUGUUGAUAGCAGCACAGGUUCACAAGUGAACUGUUUGUCAGUGAAUAGUAAUGGGAUUUUAUACUCUGGGGCCGACCAAAACAUUCUCGAGUGGAAUUUGAAAAAGAAAGAAAUCCAAAGUCAGUGGAAGGCAGGCAAUGAAACAGUCACAGCAAUCCUCGCUUUAAGUACAAACUUAUUAACUGCCUCAAAAAACAUUAAACUAUGGGACUUAGACAAACGGGAGGUGCUAAAAACCUUCACAGGGCACAGCACCGAUGUUGUUACACUUCAAUAUGUGGACCUCCCAAAUGAUUCUUAUUUACUAUCCGGGUCAAAGGCCGAUAGAAUGUUGAGUGUUUGGAAACUUAGUAGUGAGGAAAAACAUAAAAACGCCGUGUGCAACUACCUUAUGGAGGAUGCUGUAUAUAGUGUGGCCAUAGAUGUGGCAGAGGAUGGACUUACCAGUGUCGCAGCCACAAAUCGGUCUGGGGCCCUCCAUAUUUUCCAGCAUAAGCUUAAUGGUAAAUGUGACAAACCUUUAAAACCGAAAAUGACCAUCCGGGUGGUCUCAGACACUGGCCAAAGCGAACAAGUGGCCCCCAUAAGAAUAUUUGGGGCCAGAUUCUUAGACUCUGAAACUGUCUGCUUAGGACAUGGCUCGGAAGUCAUUCUUACCUUCGAAAAUGUGCAAAUCACCUCCAAGAGGGUGGAGGUUUUAAUCAGGGCUGAGCCCCAUUUAUCUGGAAAAUCGAAGGAGGCUCAGGUGAGCAAAAUGAAGAAGGCCCUGAUCAGUGAGGAGGUCAAUUAUAUUUCUAAUCAUACGACAGCUUUGCCAGGCAAGAGGAAGGGAGGAGUACAGGCGGAAAUUCCUAUGGAGCAAAGGCUGGAAAACUUGACCUUAACCAAACCGGAAGGGGCAGCUCCUCGCGUAAACAACGUCGCCCAACUCCUCCUGCAAGGCCUCCACAGUAAGGACCGCAACAUCCUGCGGGCCGCCCUCUGUCGCAAAGACGAGGAAAUCAUCAGGAAUACCGUGAAACGUCUCCCGAUCGCCGUGUUCGAGACUUUAGUGAAAGAACUCGCGCUAUUGGUGCACGGCAAAACGAUCCAGAGCCGAUUCGGCGCGUUAUGGCUCAAACAUCUCGCGCAGGUUCAUUCGGGCGUUUUCGUCUCGAAUCCGAACCUGCCCGACUUGUUUUCGGGGGUUUUGGGCAGCAUCGGGAGUCGGAUUAACACGCAGACCGCCCUCUGUCGGCUGAAGGGGAAGCUGGAGCUGCUGGUGCCUCAGGUGGGGAUCAACAAGGAGAUUGAGGGACCGGAGGACGACGGGGUGUUGAUUUUUAACGAUAAAGAUUCUAGCGAUUCGGAGUCUGAGGAGGAGAUGCAGAUCGAAAUUCCGUCGGAUAGUGAGCCGGAGAACUGGGAGGAAGACGAGGAGGACUCUGGUGAAGAGAAAAUGGCCAACGGAAACUCUGGAAGUGACUCGGAAGGAUCCGUGGUGCUGGUGGACGACGAUAGCGAUUCAGAUUAAAGUUUUGUUCAAAUGUUUGUACACGUUUGUUUUUUUUUAAACCUCAUUGUGGUCGUUCAAGAAAAUCAUUGUUAUUUGUUUUCACUCCCUCCCAGUUGAUUAUAUUAAUUAAAAAUGUAUUUUUACAUUUGGACAAGUUAUUAUAAUAUACAUAUUUUAAGAAUUA